CGCCGUCGUCGUCGACGUCGACCACCACCUCUUGGCUCGGAGGAAUCACCUCUUCUUCGUUGUUGUCGUAGUAGAUGUUAAAUUCCGCAAGCACAGCCUCUCCCGUACUUAAUAGUAUAGUGGCAGCGCAGUGGUAUAGUGGUAGUGCGCUCGUGUGUUUACGUCGCUCGCGCGAGCUUUGCGCGCGUCCAAGUGUUCGGUGCAGUGUGUAGUGUGUAGUGUGUGUGUGUGUGUAUGUAUCUGUGUGUGUGUAUUUUUAUAUAUACGACGAAUUGGAGCUUCGCGCGCUACGCCGUGACGUGGCUGCAGCCGACGCGAGCAGUCCACUAAGCAGUGUCUCUCCAGUUAUAUUUUCAUCAAAGGGUUACGGAGCCCCCGAGCCAUCGAAAGCUCCGACACUCGGUACGAGGCGGCUCCGCACUCGACUUUUGCAUCUCAGCUUUCUCCUUGAUGCUGCUGACGACGACACCGCGCGUAAGCAGCAAAAGUAGCAGCAGUCUACGCAGCUACGCUAUAAGUGCUGGUGGUGGUAGUAGUGGCGGCGGCCAGACUAGCAGACGACAAAAGCUCGGGCCGCAAGCGCCGCCGCCGCAGCGACGAAAACUGAGCCGAGUCAGCGCCCGCCACGCCAGUAACAAUAACAACAAUAACGUCAACAACGACGAGUUGGAAAAGCCAAAGAAGACGAUGGCCUCUUCCACGUCGUCCUCGUCAUCCUCCGGUCGUCCCUACAAUUUGAGACUGAGAGGAAGGAUGACCAACACGCAGAGCAUCGAGGCCGUGGCAGCCGGACCCCAUCACCACCACCACCAGGUCGAGAGCGUCCAACUCACGGAGCUGCGGCCGGUCGAGCAGUCGCGCAUCAAGCAGAGCUACGGCGACGACACCGACGACAACUGCAACGACACGAGCAGCGUCGGCACCGACGGCCUCCGCGUGCUCCGCAGCUUCUCCGCUCGACGUAGCUCCCAGGACCAACAGCAGCAGCAGCAACAACAACAGUCGUAUCCUCGCAGACGCAAAUCCGAGCGUUGGAAGCAUCUGCGCGCCGCCUCGCGAGAUUUCGGUAUCAACAGCGACGAGGGUGACGAAGAGGAGGAGGAGGAGGAGUUGUAUCCGCUGGAGACACGACCGACUAGGCAAACCAAGAUGGCUAAAUACACGAUCGACAAUUCGCUGCACAGCGACGAGUUCGAGGACGUGGACGAGGUCGACGAGGAGGAGGAGGUGAACGACGAGGACGAUCCCUUCUUCGGGGUCAACGGCGACUUUGACUAUCUCGAUCACAAUCCGGACGAGAUCUACGUGUACAGGCAGCGAGAGCCCACCAGUCCCCAGAAGCUCAGCAGCGUCGUGGUCGAGCAGGAGCAGCAGCAGCAGCAACCACAACAGCAGUCGCAGCAGCAGCAGGAGGAGGCUUACAAGCCAAGGAGACGAGGCAGGCCGAGGAAGAACAGUUUCACCAAGCAGCAGCAAGCGGAAAGCGACAACAAGAAGAAGCAGCAACCCUCGCGAGAGCAGUCGGAGAAGGAGCUGCAGAGCAAGAUCAACGACAUAAUCGAGGCCAAUUGUCUGCUCGAGCAACAGCAGGACAAGGACAACGAGCAAAAGGUCCCGAUUCCGACUCAGAGGAGAAAGAGCAGUGGUAGCGACGAUCCCGCGAACGAGAAGAAGUACAAGUGCAGCGAGUGCGAGGCGCGCUUCAAGGGCAGCGGCGGUCUGCGCAACCACUACAAGGUCACCCACGCCCGGGGCCCGCUCUUCAAGUGCGACGAGUGCGGCAAGGAGUUCCCGCUCAAGGAGCGUUUGAAGCUGCACGUGCGCACCCACACGGGCUUCAAGCCCUACCAGUGCCCCGAGUGCUCCAAGAGCUUCGCCCGGGGCGGCCAGCUGGUCCAGCAUCAGCGCACCCACAGCCAGAUCAAGCCCUAUCGUUGCGAGCUGUGCCCGGGCACCUUCACCUGCGCGGCCAAUCUCGCCCUCCAUCUGAAGAGACACAGUGGGCAAAAGGAUCACAAGUGUCACGUGUGCGGCCGCGGCUUCGUGCGCCGCGACGCCCUCAAGAAGCACCUCGAGUGUCUUCAUCGCGACGUCAAGAGCUUCCUCUGCACGAUCUGCAACAAGACCCUCAAAGGCCAUCUGCCGCAGCACAUGAGGACGCACGCGCGCGAGCGCCCCCAUCAGUGCGCCACGUGCGGCCAGCGUUUCGCCCAGAAGAGCCAGCUGACCGUGCACCAGAGGACGCACUCGGGCCAGAGGCCGUUCCGCUGCCUCGUCUGCUGGCAGGCGUUCGCCCACUCGACGGCGCUCAAACUGCACACGCGACGUCACACGGGCGAGCGGCCUUUUAAGUGCGCCGAGUGCAGCGCCGGCUUCUCCCAGCUGCCCCACUGGAAGAAGCACAUGAGGUGUAUACACGGGAGGUUGGAGCCGUAUAGGUGCGACAGGUGCUCGAGGCACUUCAGAAUGAAGAACGACCUGGAGGCGCACGAGAAGGAGUGCAACAACAACAACAACGAUCAAGCGGUAGAGGGGGGAGGAGGAGGAGGUGCUAAAUUAUCGCAGGACGCGACGACGAUCUUCGCGGAAUCGGCGGCGGCGGCUACGGCGGACGUGUCGCCCAGUGCCCUGGCCCGCUACCAGAACUGCUCCGUGGAAAAGCUCAGGCUGCUGCUGGCCGUACUGCUCAAACGCAUCUCCAAGCCCGAGCGUCUCGACGAGCUGGGCUUCGGCAAGCGACUGAUCGACGACGUGCUGCACGACUCGCUCCUCGCAGCGGACAAGCCCGCCACCAAGAUCGGCCCGGAGGUGAGCGAGUUCACGGCGCUGCACAAGAAUCUCGCCGUGUUCCUGGAGUGGACGGUGCCCAAGCCACACUGGGAGCAGUUCCGCCAGAUGAACAGGACGCCCGAGGAGAUUCUGGAGACGCUCACCGCCACGUAAAGAGACGAACGUGCCAACGUAGGGGGCGAGUCGCGCUCGCGCGCACGAGUACCCGCGUGUGAUUUCUAAGACCUGUUGAAGUAGGGCAUUUUCGCAGGGCUUAUUAUAGAAGAGAGAAAAAAACACGACGACCCCCCUCGAUACAUAAAAAAGGCGCCGCACGCACUCGAUGUGUAUCGAGUUUGCCCAAGAGUCGAGCAUUUAUAUACAUAUUAUAUGUAUGUAUACACACAGACGCAGAAAAUUGCCGAGCUCUGCUCCUUUUUUCCGCUCGUCGUUCUUUAUAUAUAUCACCGGGACUGCGCACUCGAUUUCAUUAAUUCCACACGAGUUCGAGUGCGCGCGUGCGAUACACCGCUUGUAUUAUAUCGUAUAUACGAGGCGAUGAUUAACGCGGAAAUUUAUGCGUAUACGAAACCCCGAAUUUAUCAAAGGGUUUCUGGUACUUAUCGAAAGAGUCGCGAAGAAAGACGCGUUACAGAAUUGAAAGAAAAAAACUUAUGCAACGAUAUGAGUUCUCCAUUGUCUUGCUUACAAACUGCCACGAUCAAAGUUCACUCGAAGACAUAUAUAUUCUUCCCAGGCUAGUAUAUAGCGAUUGGAAAAAGAGCCGUGGCGCGUUUUUAAUCGACGCGAGCGGUGAUUUAGCGAUAUCGUUCGUUCGCUGAUCGAUAUGAUAUACUAUAUUAUAUAUAGACGAAAAUUUAAUCGAAAACGAAUUAAAAAAUAAUAAUUAUAAAACAAGUUGGCACGUGAUUACGCACGUAACGCACGUAUUUAUUAUUAUCAUUGUAUGAAUGUAUAUUGUAUAUUAUUUAUACACAAGUAUAUUCGACACAUACACACGAAAGAUAAAAAUUAAUUGCACCGCCUUUUGAUCUACCUGCUAAUAUGUAUUAUCCAAAAAAAGUUAAAAUAAAAAACGAGAGAAGCGAGCGUACGCAAAAUUUGCGUACAAAAUAUAACGAUAAAUGUACACAGGCCGUGUGUAUACUACGAAGCGCGAGCUGCGCGCGAAUAACUGGCGCCAAAUCGCACGUUAUAAAAAGAAAAAAUAAUCAUUAUUAACGAGUGAUUUCGAUGCUGCGAGCGUAUACCGAAGCAAAAAAGAGCGCCGUAGAAGUGUACGUACGCAUUGAGCGACACCAGAUCCACUUGCAUACGUACGCGGUAUACACAUAUACGUAUGUGCGCGGUGACAAUUAAAAUAUGUAACUUACUUAUACGCGUGAGAAAGCGAGAAGCAAAAGAGAGAAAAAAAUUCAAUGCGCGCGUCGAGACUCUCUCAUUGUGUUCACGUGGAGGCAUGUAUGACUUAAAACGAAAAAAACAUAAAGACCGAAGCAUAAGUAAGACCUAUAUCAUUAUAAUUAUUUAUCAUUACGAUUUAUUGUAUAAUUUGCCCGUCGAUCGACGCGGCAUGAUUCAAUUGUGAUUCGAAAAUCAAAAAUUCUUUAAGUAUAAUUUUUAAUCGAUAAUUACGCCUAUGUAUAUGAUUUAGCUUGUAUUGCGGAAAUUCAAUUGUGAUUUGAAAAUCAAAAGAAACAUUUUCUUAGCGAGUAAUAUAUAUAUUGCGUUUAACGUUGUGUAGCAUUAUCAUCGUCUUUUUUACGUACACUGUAUACGGUCGAAAUUCGAUGCUCUUUCGUUGUCGAUUUUAUUAUAUAUCGAAUUACGUUUCACGAUACAUUUUUCUGACGUAUACUUCGUUCGAACUGCGCGAGCUUUUUUGAUAUGAAUAUAUGACAAAUAUACACGACGUAUUUUUCAACGAUGCGCUUACAUAAUCAGCUGACUCCAUGCAAAAAAAGAAAGAAAGAAAGAAAGAAAGGAAAUAGGAAAUCACACCGGAGACCAAUGCGAUAAAGAGAGAGAAAAAAAUAACGGAACAUUAUCAUAGCUAGAAAAUAAGUGAAUGUGAAUCGACAAUAACGAGAAAAAAAAACUUGAGCGUUUUAAAUGUAUACAACACAGCAACACGGCUAAUUUAUAUCCCGCGAGUUCGUGAACGAAACAUGAUCAUUUUAAAUGUUUACACGAUAUUAUAUAUUAUAUAUUAUAUUAUACAGUAACCGAAGAAAUAUUUCAACGCCUAUUGUGUGAGUAAUCUUAGAAAGGGAAUAUGCGAUUAAUUUUUUAAUGUACAAAGGUGCUACGUUCGAAACGUUAUGUAGGGUUGAAUUUAUUGAUAAUUAAAAUUUACCACUCGUUUCUCAUGCAAAUGAUGACGGACCGAGGAGUCUGCUUAUUAAUUUUGAGGAAUGAAUUUUCUUCUUCUUUUUUUCAACGAUGGCAAAUUGAACCGAUUUUCCGUUGUGCAUAUAUGCUGUAUUGUAAGCACGCGUAGAUAAUAUUGUAGUUACCGUUUGCACGAACAACGUAAAUAUUUAUCUAGAAAAACGAGCACUUUCCGAUAAUAACAAAAAAAACACUGUAACCUUAUGAAUUUCAAUCCGACUGUGAAUGGAGUGACCGAGUGAGAGUUUGAAGUGUAAACAAUCAUGUAAAAAAGAAUGCAUUAAUUAUUAUGUUACUUAUUAUUAUCAUUAGUAAAACGAGUGCCAAAGCUAUGUAAAAUUAUUUUAUUAUUCGUGUGAUUUUGCGAAUAUUUCGAAUGAUUUUUAAUUAAAAAAAACUAUUUUUUAGGCAUACCAAAGCGAGGUUUAACGAGUGUGUAUGUACUUACGUCUGAUUAUAAAGCGAGAAAUCCUUUACAAAGUCCAAACAGUUAUUUGGAUACUUUCUUCGGGGGGUUAGUUAAUGAUUUUUUCCCGAUGUAAUAGUUCGUAAUCGAUAGCAACAUAUCGUUAUCAUAGGGCAAAAAUGACUGAAGUUAUACAAUAUAUAUCUUGAUAAAACAUGUCUUGGCUCAGGAAAAAAAAACGUAACGAUUUUAUACUUACGAGUAAAAAAAAAGAGAGAGAGAAACUAUUGUUUUAGAUAAGUGCCAUGAAAGUUCAUUUAUUGAAAAAUAUUACUUAUUGUCGAUACUAAAAAAGUAAAAAAAAAAAAAAACAAAUUUAACGUGAUGAAACUGAAUCAAAAGUAAUUUAUAGAGCCUUAAAAUGUAAGUUCGAAUGUUUUAUGUAAAUAACAUAAAAUUUUUAAAAAUGCGUACUUUAAUCCGAUGUAAUUCGAUUGAUAUGUAGAAAUUUAUUGCCAUUUUGCCGUGUCGUUCCAGGUAAAGGUCAAUGAAACAUGGUAUUAUUAUAAAAUUCUUACGAUUACGAAAAAAAAAAGCACAAAAAAAUAAUUAUAUAAAAUUAUAAUGCACAAAUUGAAAAUACUUGGUAAUGGAAUUACUAUUCAACCUCGAUGUUGUUGAGUCUAAUCGAGAACGAGAAAAAAAAAAUUUAGGUAACGUUUGACAAUUGCUGAACAUAAUGUGUAAUCAAUAAUGUCUUCCUUUUUUUCAAUAUAAUAAUAAUAUUAAAAAAGACACGAUACAAUAGUUUUGUUUUGAUUCAAAAGAAGUCACAACGCGCGUCAUCAUCGUCGUCGCGAUUCAAACAAAAGAGAGAAAAAAAAAACAUACGUGGUUGAUAAUAACUAGGUAUUAAGACAAAUCAGCAUAAAACCCGUCUCAUUGUUAGAUUCCCAGUAUAAAAUUCUCCAGUAACAAAAAA